AUGUUUUUAAGACAAAGUUUACCGUUACCACAAGAAACUUUGGAAAAAUUGGCAGUAGAAUUAGUUCUUGUACUUGACGAAGCACAAAGAGUUUCUGACUACGACACCGAGAUUACAAAAAUAGAAAAUGCCAUUGAAGAGAUUAAACAGGGUGGAAAAACCAUUUUCGAAGCAAAAAAUCAACGCUUAAAUCGCAAUUUAUUAAAAUUUGUUUUGUGGGGAAUUUUAAAUAUUGAAGGGCCAAAUGAUAAUUUAAAGAAGAAAAUAGCACUAGCUUUUGAGAGAUUGCACUCUGCUGAUGAAUUUAUUAAGCUUUACGGGGUAGAAGAUUCUGGGAGGAUACAAGUGGAGAAAUGUGUGAAGGAUGCUGAAGAUGGUGAGAGAAUAAUAAGGGAACUAUACAGUCGAACCUCGAUAUAA